AUGCAGGAAUGGGUUUCAAGACAUCCGGAAGAAGGACCGCAGCUGUUGGAUGGAUGCGGUGUGUUCUUCUUCAACAUCGUCCAGUGGACACCGAUCAAGUACCUCGGCUAUUCGUAUCCGUUCUGGGCCCACGCUUUCGGUUGGUUUACCGCACUGUCGUCGAUGCUGUGCAUUCCAGGUUACAUGAUCUGGCUGUGGAGAAACACACCCGGCGAUCGUGCUAACAAAAUUCGGCUGAUCGUCCGAAUUGAGGACAGCGUAAGCCAGCUUCGGGAGAGAAUGCAGGCGGAUGCCGAGAAGGGCAUGGAGCUGUAA